AUCGGUAGCUGACCGAUUUUAAACUAGGCACACAUAUGGACUUUAUACAGGUGAAUGUCUUCUUUUGCUCUAUACCUGUGCGAUACACUAAAUGAUUGGACAAGCUAGACACAUAUUUUUAGUACAUUUAUAGAGAUGGAUGAAGAACACGUGUUUGCUGGGAUGUAUUACAUUGUUAAGGGUGCCUACUUCCUCUACACACAAUGUGUCGGCGUCCCAGUUUUUGUGACUUUCCACAUUUUGCUGUUACCGCUAAGGUUUCUUCACCCUCGACUCUUCUGGACCAUAGAUGCUCAUUUGUUUAAGGCUGUUCUAGGUGGUGUGACGUCAUGGUUUUACACCGAAAAAGUUGUUUUAAAAGAAACUGGCGAUUCUUUGAAAGAAAUUUUUCAUGACGAGGCCCUUCUAAUGUGUAAUCACCAGUCUACUUCUGAUAUUGCGGUCAUCAUGCAGUCUCUACACCCAAAGGGUAUGGUCACUGGUCACAUGACUUGGAUCAUGGACCACGUCUUCCGACUCACUCAUUUUGGAUGGAUAUCACGUCUUCACGGAGAUUUCUUUCUGAAACAGCCUUGUUCAACUGUAGAAGAACGAAAUGAACAGAUAGGGAAACUCAGAGAACACUUAACUAGUGUUUAUUCCAAGACCCUGAAGAAAUGGAUCGUGCUGUUUCCCGAGGGCGGGUUUUUGUGCACUAGAAAGCCGGGAAGCCAGAGGUACGCAAAGAAGCAUGGUUUGCCUGUGCUGGAAAAUGUUUGUCUGCCUCGUUUGGGAGUGGCAAAAACCAUACUGGAUGAAUUAGCACCGAAUGCAGGUCUUUCUAACAUAAAGCAGAAGUCAGGAAAGUUAAAGUGGGUUAUCGACAUGACGAUAGCUUACCCAAACGGAGAAGCUCCAAACGCCCUGUUCCUGAUUUUCUCCAGGGGAGAAUAUCCACCUAUCCACGUACAUUAUCGAGUGUUCGAUAUAAAUAGCGUUCCUAGCGACACGGAGGGAUUCACAAAGUGGUUGUACGAUAGAUAUGUCGAAAAGGACGCAAUGUUAGAACAGUUCUAUAGGACUGGAAAUCUAGAAGAGAAUGCAGUAGAGAGAGUGGAAUAUGACGUCACAGGGAUCAUCCUCUACGUCUUAUUUUACACUGUUUGGAUGUGGUGGUUAUGCAUCUUUGUGUAUCCUCCAGUUUUAUCGUUCAUCGGUUGGAAAUCAAUUUUUCUUAUCACUGUAUGCUACAUCUUUUAUUUCAUUUACGACUUUGUAAAGUAUUUUCUCUUUUCCGUACCCCCUUCUAAGGAAUAACAAUGGUGACAUGUUUGAAUAUGGUCUUUAACCUUGACAACUCUCAGUCUCAGCGAUAUGAAUGUACUAGUGAUUUUAAAAGCUAUACUAAAUUCUGUGCAGUAUAUUGAAAUUCAGUGCUGAAAACCAAUCAUAUGACAACGCAUUGACAUUUCCGUGUAAGUAAAACUCAGGUAUUUGAAUAUCUUGAUCUUCUUAGUAAACCAAGACUGAAAAAGAAA